AGUGAUCAUAUCAGAAUUCAUAAGGGUGAAAAACCGUUUUCAUGUGUGAACUGUGGAAAAAGUUUUAGUGAAAAACAGCAUUUAACUCGGCACAUGAGGAUUCACACUGGUGAAAAGCCGUUUUCAUGUGGGAACUGUGGAAAAAGUUUCAGUCAUAAACAGAGUUUAACUCAGCACAUGAGGAUUCACACUGGUGAAAAGCCGUUUUCAUGUGUGAACUGUGGAAAAGGUUUUAGUCAUAAACUUUGUUUAUCUCGGCACAUGAGGAUUCACACUGGUGAAAAGCCGUUUUCAUGUGUGAACUGUGGAAAAAGUUUUAGUGGAAAACAGCAUUUAACUCGGCACAUGAUGAUUCACACUGGUGAAAAGCCGUUUUCAUGUGUGAACUGUGGAAAAAGUUUUAGUCGAAAACAGCAUUUAACUCGGCACAUGAUGAUUCACACUGGUGAAAAGCCGUUUUCAUGUGUGAACUGUGGAAGAAGUUUUACUGAAAAAAAGGCAUUAACUCAACACAUGAUGAUUCACACUGGUGAAAAGCCGUUUUCAUGUGUGAACUGUGGAAAAAGCUUUAGUCAUAAACUUUGUUUAACUCAGCACAUGACGAUUCACACUGGUGAAAAGCCGUUUUCAUGUGUGAACUGUGGAAAAAGUUUUAGUCGUAAACAGCAUUUAACUCAACACAUGAUGGUUCACACUGGUGAAAAGCCGUUUUCAUGUGUGAACUGCGGAAAAAGUUUUAGUAAAAAAAAGGCAUUAACUCAGCACAUGAUGAUUCACACUGGCGAAAAGCCGUUUUCAUGUGUGGACUGUGGAAAAAGUUUUAGUCAAAUACAGGCAUUAACUCAGCACAUGAGGAUUCACACUGGUGAAAAGCCGUUUUCAUGUGUGAACUGUGGAAAAAGUUUUAGUCAUAAACUGUGUUUAACUCGGCACAUGAGGAUUCACACUGGUGAAAAGCCGUUUUCAUGUGUGAACUGUGGAAAAAGUUUUAGUCAUAAACUUUGUUUAACUAGGCACAUGAGGAUUCACACUGGUGAAAAGCCGUUUUCAUGUGUGAACUGUGGAAAAAAUUUUAGUGGAAAACAGCAUUUAACUCGGCACAUGAUGAUUCACACUGGUGAAAAGCCGUUUUCAUGUGUGAACUGUGGAAAAAGUUUUAGUCGAAAACAGCAUUUAACUCGGCACAUGAUGAUUCACACUGGUGAAAAGCCGUUUUCAUGUGUGAACUGUGGAAGAAGUUUUACUGAAAAAAAGGGAUUAACUCAACACAUGAUGAUUCACACUGGUGAAAAGCCGUUUUCAUGUGUGAACUGUGGAAAAAGUUUUAGUCACAAAUCUGCUUUCGAUGCUCACAAGAGAACUCAUAGGAAGGAAAAGCCUUUUUCAUGUGCUACCUGUGGAAAGUGUUUUGCUUUCAAAUCUGCUUUUGAUGCUCAUAGAACUCACACUGUGGAGAACCCCCUUUUAAUGCGUCACUUGUGGGAAAUGUUUCAGUCAAAAACAUGUUCUACUUAAUCAUAUUGUAAUUCACACAAAUACGAGGCCUUUUUGGUGUCUUAUUUGUGGAAAAGGUUUGAGUAAAAAAUUUUAUUUAACUGUCCACAUGA